AUGGCACCGCUUCGAGCGCAGCAGCUUAUGCGCUUUGUCUCAUGUCGUUUGACCCCACUAUGCCAUGUUCAUGGUGUACUAAAAAAAUCAGUGGACCUAUCUUCCAGUAUUUUCGACGACGACAGCGGCUACGUUGUCUCCGGCACUCGCUAUUAUGUCGAUAAUCGAGUUAAUGGAGAUGUUCGUGGGAAGCCAGACGUAAUGAGAGACGAAUACAGAUUACGUUCUGCUAGCAAAGAAUAUUCUGAAAUGAUAAAGGAUCCCCGUUUCGCUGUUGAGGUGGAGUUAUCGAAGAUGAUGAAGCGAAGAUCAAGAAGACGAUUCCUUCAGAAAGGAACUAAAACCCAACGAUUCGAAGAGUCGGGCAAGAAGACCCAGAAGCAGCGCAAUUUCUUCGAUCCUGAACCGCCAUCGGUUGCGUGGAUGAUGCAAAAAGGAGGACGCCUUUUUGAGAAACGAAGCACAAACAUUGGAGGGAAAUUGGUAACCGUAGAAAUUGGCAACAAAAACUUGCACGGAGUUGACCUCAUUGUUCGGCCCGGAUCUAUUGUACAUGAGGCGAUGCCAGUGAAACAGGAUAUGAAUGCAAUUCAAAAGCGAAUGAUCAGCAAUAAAAAUGGAAUCUCCAAUAUGGAUGGUGAAGCUUUGUCAUCGUCCAACGACUACAUCAAAGAUACGAAUUUGUUGGAAACCCGAACAGUUCCAAAAGAAACUAUAUUAGAGGGUGACACACAGUCCGUGAACGCUUGCUUCCAAAGACAACCCGAUGCACAUCUCUCUGGGUUUCCUGCAUUCAAAACAGCAGUUGGAUUCACCGAAAUUGAAUGUUUAGCACUGUGUGCACGAGUUGAGUGUCGUGCCCUAAACUACGCCAGCUCCAUUUCUACUUGUGAGAUUUUCGACACGAUAAAAGCAACUUCUGCACAUGUCAAACAACGACUUGGUUAUACCUAUUACAAGCCGAACCAAAAGGAGUUAAAAAGCUGUUUGAGCGACAUUCUUUCCGUUCCUAAGGAGGGCUGGCUCCCUGAAAUGGAUCCAGAUCUUCGAUGCACUAGUAUAGGAAUCUGUUCGACGCCAACGGAACUAAGGAUGGUCGAGUCAAGAGUGAAUCCCACAUUUCAUCGACUUCUUUCAUCGCGAGCUGUGUGCUCCAGCGACUCGGCAGUGCUUUUCAUUAGAUCUGUGGGCGCUCACAACAAUAACGAAUUAGGAAGCAAGUUGGAUACUAUGCACACCAGUGAAGACGACUGUCUAUUUUCUUGUUUGAGAAACAAGGGAAUCGACAUGCGCCCAACGUUAUGUGCCUCCAUUGAAUACGACAAUGAACUUGGACGAUGCACUCUUGCCGCGGAGCCAAGAAAGAACGGACUUUCCAGUAAUCCUCACACCAUAUUUUACGAGAAGAUAUGUGUUUCAACCGCAGUGGCCAAUCAGUGCUCUGGAGCAGCUAUCGAACGUAAAGCAGACGUGACAAUACUUGGUUUUCUGAAAGAUGCGUCAACCACUGCAAGUCCAGAAGAGUGCAUUGAGAAGUGCGUGAUGGCAGAAAGAGAUAUGGGAUUUCAGUGCCUGUCCAUUAUGUACUACUACGACGAAACACUACUAAACUGCAUUCUUAACGAUGGAAGCGCAAAAACGAACCCUGAAUCAAUAGCAAAAGAAGACAAAUCGAUCGUUGACUACUUCGGUGUCGAUGAUUGUUACGGUAUGCCGGAAGUUGAGGACACAAGGCCGAGAUUCCUGCGAAACAUGCCGUUAACAAUCGAAGACGACAUCGUUCAGAGGGAAUUGACACCGGGCUCCCUCCUGGAAGUUCUACGACGAGAGCGAUCAUCGCCAAAUUCAUCGCUAAGAUAA